AAAGGGGUAGAGGAGAAAAGGAAAGAGCGGUGGUAUUAAGAGAAAAUAACAUAUCAGGCACCCUGGGAGGGAGACACAUGAGCAGGGAUGGAAGGAGAGAGGGAGGAACAAGGAGAGAUCACCCAAAGUGGAACGACUUCUACCCAGGUUGACACACUGACUCAGAACUGCAGCGAAGAGAGCGACGUGCCCCAAAAGCUCCAGGAAUCAGAGGAGGACGACCAGGCUGACAAUGGGCCCUGUGAUGGAGAGGUUAGGGAGGAUCUAUAUAUUAGUGACGCGGAGACCUUACCACAGGAGAUUCACAGAGCCACAAACACACAAGACGGUGUUGACUGCCUCCCAUUGUCCCCCCUACCAACAGAGGAAGAGUUGACCCCCCCUUCAGUGUCAUGUCAUCCCUCCAGUACACAGAAUCGCCCGUCUGAACCCUGCUGGUAUUGCCUGAGGUCUCUUGACUCAGAGUUUUGUCCUGAAACUCCGAAACAGGAAGACUCAGAUCCUUUGGCACCACCACCCUCUAGUGGCCAGAAAGUGAGCUACCAGACAGACCCUCGACCUCACUUUGGCGUGGCUUGGUCCUCCCACUCCACAUGUCGCCCUCUGUGGGGCAGUGAAGGACCCUGCUGGGGGCGAAGAACCCAGGCAGUGUCUGAUCAGACACACAUCUGCCCUCACUGCCAUUUGGGGCUGCCCCCUGACACACUGCGAUGGCACGAGGCUAAGUGUCUACUGUUUGAAGGGCUGAGGAACUCAAAGAAAUAGUCGUCAUUUCAGACAGAUAAUGUUUGUACUUUGUAAAAAAUAAUGCUCUCUCCUCUGUGUAUGAAUGCUCUCAGGAAAUGAUUUGCACCUAAA